AUGUGGAUAGUGUUGACAUCAGCCAAAAGUUUGACGACUGAAGCGAGAAAACCCAAGAUCACUGCCUCCCGCAAACUCCUGCUGAAGAGCCUGAUGCUGGCCAGAGCCAAGGAGUGCUGGGAUCAGGAGCUCGAGGAGCGCGAGGCUGAGAAGAAGCGCUACCUGGCGGAGCGCGUCCCCGCCCUGCAGACCCGCGGGCUGUCGCUCAGCGCCCUGCAGGACCUGUGCCGUGACCUGCACGCCAAAGUGGAGGUGGUGGAUGAGGAGCGAUACGACAUCGAGGCCAAGUGCCUGCACAACACCAGGGAGAUCAAAGACCUGAAGCUCAAGGUGCUGGACUUGCGCGGGAAGUUCAAGCGCCCCCCGCUGCGGCGCGUGCGCGUCUCUGCUGAUGCCAUGCUGCGCGCCCUGCUGGGCUCCAAGCACAAGGUGUCUAUGGACCUGCGCGCCAACCUCAAGUCCGUGAAGAAGGAGGACACAGAGAAGGAACGGCCCGUGGAGGUGGGCGACUGGAGGAAGAACGUGGAGGCCAUGUCUGGCAUGGAGGGCCGCAAGAAGAUGUUCGAUGCCGCCAAGUCCCCGACCACCCAGUAGAGGCUGCUGGCCCCGCUGCGCUCCGGGCUCCUCGCCCGCCCCGCCCUCCAGCCCUGCUCGCCGCCGCCCCGCCCCGCGCCGCGGCUCCCUGCCUGCUGAGCGACCCUGGCAGGGUUGGGGUGAAGACCUCGCCUGGCGGGUGGGCGCCUGCGGGUCUCGGGCCCCCUGUGCCUGUUGCCCCCAGGCGUCACGCCCCCCCCCCCCCCCCGCACCCCGCCCCGCAUUAAAGCCAGUGUCCUGA